AUGGACAAAGAUAAACUGCAAAAAUACUAAAAUACUAAAAUACUAAAUUCUCUAUAAAGUGUCAUAAAAAAUGUAUUUUUGCCUUUGGAGACUAAGCAAAACGAGAUAAAAUAAACUCUAUAAAAAUUUGUUUAAUAAAUAAGUCAUUCUGCUUAUUAAGUAUCUGGUACAAUAAGCAUUGAAUUACCUUCCCCUAUAAUAGAAAUAGAUGACGCAACAUCAAUAAAAAAUGUAGACUUAAUGCUAAAAUAUGAACAAUCAUUGGAAAAUUGGUCAGCUACAAUUAAAGAAACAAUGAAAAAAGUAAAAGAAUAAAAAGCUGAAAGUAAUCAAGCAUUAGCCGAAAUAGAACUCCAAAGGUCCAAAAGUGCAACAUUAUCCACCCUUCAUUAAUAAUUAAGUAUAGAGUAUUUCUAAACUGAGAAUGGAAAUACGACAAUUUUAAUGGAUUUUGAAUCUUAAUUUAAAGACUUAACUUAAUUAUAUAACGAAGCUAAGGACAAUGUGAAGUUUUUGAAUACUUUAGAAAGAUAAUUUAAGAUUUUAGCUUAAGAAGGUCUUUCUGGAGUUGAGGAAACUUUGUAAUCAUUAAUGACUGGAUUGAGGACUAUAUGGAUUAUUUCAAGACAUUAUUAAAGUGAGGACAAAAUGUAGAAUUUAUUGGCUUUAAUAUCUGACGAAAUAGCAGAUAAAGUUGAGAAUGAAAUAAAAAUUAGUGAAUUAUUUAAGCUUUCUGAGGAAUUUCAUUCAUGCGAACAAUAAUUAUAGAAUUCAAUUGAUUUGAUUUCUUAAGGAAAAAGAAUAUUGGUUACUUGGAAAGAUCUUUACAAAAGAACAAAAGCAAAAAUAGAAGAAGAGGGAUCAGAUAGAUGGGAUUCUACAGUGCCUUCUUUAAAUAAUAGGAUAGAAAAUAUGGUCGGAGUAUUAGGAGAAUUGGAAAAAGUAACUGAAAUUAUUAAAAGAUUUUUAGUUUUCCUUGGACCAAACUUAAAAGCAGUGACUGGAAAUUCAGAAGGGAUUGAUAAUUUGGUUACUGAAGUAAAAAAGCUAGUUGUUCCCUUUUAAAAUUAGAAUAUAAAUUACUUUUAAAAAGUAAACUAUCCGAAUUGGUAGUAAGUUUAUAAUAAAUUCAAAUCUGAGAAAAAUUAAAUAGAACAAAAAACUAUUGUACUUAUUAAUGACACUUUCAGAGAUUUGAGAUCUGCAGAAGGUGCUUUUGACCUGCUUUUGAAAUUUAAAGAUGUUAAUACUUUACCCGAUAUAUAGGAUUAGCUUUAGAAAAAAUAUACUGAUGUUUUAAAUAGGUAUUUAAAGGAAGUAGAAUAAAAUAAAACUCUUUUUGAACAGGGAAAAUAACUUUUGGAUAAAGGGAAUGGGUUUUUAGUUAUUAGUAAGAAUAAACCGCCAGUAGCAGGGUCUAUAGCGUGGGCUAGGAGUAUUUUUUAUAGAAUUAAGAGGCCUAUUAUUAAAUUUUUGACUAAGGAAGAUGAUCUUGAUGUUGAGAACUUUUAGGAUAUAAAAAAUGAAUAUAAAAAUUUGGCAAAGAGCAUAGAUUAAUAUUAAAAGAAUAAAUUCAAAGAAUGGAAUGAUAAAAUUAGGGAAAAAGCUAUGGGAUUUUUAAAGGAAAAUAUUCUAAAAAAAGUAGCAGAAUGUAAAUAUGAAGUAAAUUUUUCGCAAGAAUUCAAAGUAUUAAUUAAAGAAGCUAAAAGUUUGGAAAAAAUGGGUUAUCCUAUAUCGAAAACUAUUAUUAACAUUUCACUUUAAGAAAUGGAGUAUUAUAGCUAUAUUGAUAAAUUGUAUUCUAUGUUAAAUGAAUAUUCAGAUGUCGUUAAUUCUUUGUCAGAAAUUGAAAAAAUACUACUUGAAUAACCUAUAAAAAAAUUAAAUUAAUAAUUAGAAUAAGGGCAUGAAAGUUUAAAUUUAUCCUCUUUAGGAAUUCCUGAAUUUAUUGACAAUUGUAUAAAAUCAAUAAACGAAUUUAAAGAAACGAAAAAGAAAGUUGAAAAAAGUGCUUCUCACAUAGAAGAAUUCGUAAAAAAUAUUGAAGAAGCUAAAAUUUUCAAAGAUUACAAUUUCAACCAAUAAUCCUAAAAUGGAGAAGUUAAUAUCCCUUCAGCAAGUGAAUUUAUGAAUUACUUUGAUGAAUAUAUGAAUAAGGGGGUAACUGAUUUAGUGGAUAAAUAUAAUAUGAUUGGGGACUAAUUUUUAAAGAAUAUAGAAGAGUCUAUAUUUUAGGAUUCAUCAAGACAUUAAAAAAAGAUGAAGGAAUAUUAUUAUUAUUGGGAAAGAAGAGUAUAUAAUGCUUUAAUUAAAAUGGUUUUGAGAGCACUUUUAUCUUUUAAAAAUUUAAUGUAAUAACCAGGAAAUAAAACUGUCCCUUUAUUCUAAAUAUAAUAAGAAUAUGACCAUCCUAAUACAAACACGAAUCCUCCUUGUACUGAAGUAGAUACUAUAUUGUAAAAAAUAAGAAACCAGAUUUUGAAUUCGAGUAAAUAAUUCUGGAGAUGGAAAGAUGGACAUUGUACUUUUUGCAAUCCUGUAGUAGGAACUAAUGAUGAGAAGAUUUAAAGACAUACUUUUUAUGAAUAAGUGAGUGAAAAUUAUGUUAUUACGUAAGUUUGCUUUAAUAUAGGAGAUUUUAUCAAAAAAGCGUAUAAUAAAGUUCACUCUUUUAGCGAAAUGUGGGAAGAAGAUCGCCGAAAAGAACUUUGGAAUCACAAAAAAAAACUUAAUAUAGAUAAAUUAGUUGAAAAAAAACCGCAUACAGUGCAUUUGGAAAGAAAAAUGAUGUUCUAUAAGACUUUAGUUUAGGAAUUUGAUGAAAUGCCUAAAGAAAGAAAUGCUUUGUUUAUUUCAGUUUCGUUUGGAAACGUUAUUAAAUAAUUUAAAGAUUUGGCAUAGGAAUGGCUUAAUAAACAUGGUAAUGUUAUGAGGAUUAUUGGAGAAAAUUAAUUAAAUGAAAUAGAGAAAGAAAUUGAGGAAUUCUAAAAGAAAAUAUAAUGCUAGCCUAACCAUAUAGAUGAAUUAAAGAGAAUGUUGAAUGAAAUUUCUGAAAUUUUAGGAUAAUCUAUGAUUAUGGAGUUCAAAAUUUCCGAUGUGACUGAAAAAUUCAGAACUUUAAAAUAAUAUGAAUAGAAUGUAGACACUGAACUAAUGUAAGAAGCACUCGGAUUGGAAUAAAAGUGGAAUGAACUAGUAAAAGAAGCCAAAAGAAAAGAUAAAGAACUUUCCGAAACUAAAAAAUAAUUCGCUAAUGUCACAUAAGACGACGUUUAGGAAUUCAAAAAAACUCUUGCUGAAUUAUAUAAAGAAUAUAAACAAACAGGACCUGGUUCUCCCAAUAGUGGGCUUGAUGAUGGAUUAGAAAGUCUUCAAAGAUAUAAAGAAAAAGUAAUUGAGUAUAAUAAAAGAAAAGAAGAACUAGUUUUAGCCGAAAAAUUGUUCAAUUUACCAAUUUCUACUUUUAGAGAAUUAGUUUAAAUAGAAGAAGAAAACAAAAAAUUAUCCACUUUAUAUGAUGUAUAUAGAGAUUUGAGAACCGAUUUAAAAGACUGGUCUAUUAUGCUUUGGGCUAAAAUAGAUGCGGAAAUGUUAAGGCAAGGGGCUGAAGAAUAUGAUAAAAAAAGGAAAAAACUUUAAAGAAUUUAUGAUGAUAAUACUAUUUUUUAGAAACUUUCUUAGAAAAUUGUGGAUUUUAAGAAUUCAAUUCCUUUAAUCUAACAAUUAAAAAGUGGGUCUAUUACAGAUAGACAUUGGAAUAAACUUAUGACGGAAACUGGGAUGAAAUUAGAAGGAAAUAUAAAAACUUUGACUUUAGAGUAAGUUUUUGCGUUAAAUUUAUAGAAUUUCCCUGAAAAAGUAGCUGAGAUAGUAAAUGAAGCUAAUUAAGAACAUAAAAAUGAAGAGGAAAUCCAAAAAAUAGAUAUGGUUUGGAAGAUAGAGUAGUUUAAUUUGGUAAAAUAUAAGAAAGGACAUGAAGAGAAAUCCUGGGUUUUAAGAAAUACAGAUGAAGUUAGACUUAUUUUGGAAGAUUAAUAGGCUAAUUUAUAAACUGUAGCAAGUUCUAAAUAUGUAGCGGCUUUUGUUUAGGAAAUAAGAAAAUGGGAAAAGGCAUUAAAUAGAAUUUCUGAAACAAUUGAAGUUUGGCUUGUUGUAUAGAAAAAAUGGAUGUAUUUAGAAGGAAUUUUUAUCGGAUCUGAAGAUAUAAGGACUUAAUUGAAAGAGGAAGCGAAAAAAUUCGAUAAAAACGACAAACAAUUUAAAAAAAUAAUGGAUUAAACAUAUAAGAAUCCGAAUAUAUAUAAAACUUGUGUUGCAAAUGAUUCGCUUUUGAUGGAAUUGAAAAAUAUGUCUGAUGAAUUGGACAAAAGAUAGAAAUCACUUUCAGAUUAUUUAGAUACUAAAAGAAAUAUUUUUCCAAGAUUUUAUUUUCUUUCUGAUGAAGACUUACUUUCCAUUUUAGGAAAUUCGGAAGCACCGGCAGUUUAGCCACACAUGAUUAAACUUUUUGAUAAUUGCAAAGAAUUAAAACUAGCUAAAAAUGGAAAACUAGUAACCGGAAUGGAAUCUGAUGAAUAAGAAAGCUUUGAAUUUAGAGAAGGAUAAAAACCUGAAGGAGCAAUUGAAUUAUGGAUGAAAAAAGUAGAUUAAGAAAUGUAGGAUACUCUUCAUAAAAAAACUAAAGAAGGUACCUUUUUAUAUGCAAAUAAAGAAAGAAUAUUAUGGGUUUUAGAAAAUUUAGGUAUGGUAGCUAUUGUUGGAGCAUAAAUAUGGUGGACAUGGAGGGUUGAAGAUGUUUUUAGAAAAGUAAGAGAUGGAAAUAAACAUGCUAUGAAAUAAGAAAAUCUUAAAUAAACUAAAGAUUUAAAUGAUUUAAUUGAUUUAGUUCGAACUGAUUUAAAUGAACUCGAUAGAAAAAAAGUAAAUACUUUGAUUAUUGUCGAUGUUCAUGCUAGAGAUAUAGUAUCUAAUUUUGUCAGAGACUCUAUUUUAGAUGCAAGAGAAUUCGAAUGGGAAUCAUAAUUGCGUUUUUAUUGGUAAAAUGAUUUAAAUGAUAUUCGAAUUAGAUAGUGUACAGGUGAAUUUACUUAUGGAUAUGAAUAUUAAGGACUAAAUGGUAGACUUGUAAUCACUCCAUUGACCGAUAGAUGCGUUAUGACACUUACAACUGCCCUUUCAUUUAAAUUAGGAGGUGCUCCAGCAGGUCCUGCAGGUACAGGAAAAACUGAAACAGUGAAAGAUUUGGCAAAAUCAUUAGCUAUUAGAUGCUGUGUAACAAAUUGUGGAGAAGGUCUUGAUUAUAAAGCAAUGGGUUUGAUUCUAUCAGGGUUAGCAUAAACAGGAUUCUGGGGUUGUUUUGAUGAAUUUAAUAGAAUUACUCCUGCAGUACUUUCUGUUGUGGCAGUUUAAAUUAAAACUAUCUAAACUGCGCUUUCUUAAGGGAAAACAACACUGGAAUUAAUGAAAAAGGAACUAUAGUUGAAGGCUACUAUAGGUAUUUUUGUGACUAUGAACCCAGGAUAUUCUGGUAGAUCCGAACUUCCUGAUAAUUUAAAAGCUCUUUUCAGACCAGUGACAAUGGUUGUACCUGACACUAAUAUAAUAUGCGAAAUAAUGCUUAUGUCUGAAGGAUUUACAGAAGCUCGAGUUUUGGCUAAGAAAAUGAAUGUUUUAUAUAAAUUGGCUAAGGAAUAAUUAUCCAAAUAAUAUCAUUAUGAUUUUGGACUUAGAGCGCUUAAAUCAGUGCUAGUAAUGGCAGGGUCGUUAAAAAGAGAAGCUAUGGACAUGCCUGAAGAAUUAACUCUAAUGAGGGCUUUAAGAGAUAUGAAUAUGCCAAAAUUUGUAUUUGAAGAUGUGCCUUUGUUUAUGGGAUUAAUUACUGAUUUGUUCCCUAAUAUGGAUAUUAAGAGGAAACCUUAUGAAAAAAAAGAUAGGAUUUUAGAUGUUAUGGAAAGCUUAGGUCUAUAUAAGGAACUUCCGAAAUAAAUAGAUAAAGUAGUUCAGCUUUUCGAAACUAUGCUAACUAGACAUACUACUAUGGUUGUGGGACCUACUGGGUCUGGGAAAUCUACGGUUAUCGAAAUUUUAAAAAAAGUAGAUAAUGUGACCAUCUUUUGCUUAAAUCCAAAAGCUAUUACUGUAAAUGAACUUUACGGAACUAUGGACAUGUAAACUAGAGAGUGGAAAGAUGGAUUACUUUCGAAGAUUUUUAGGAUUGCAAAUGAAAAACAUAUGUAAGGCAAAGAUGAAUAGAGAUGGAUUUUAUUCGAUGGAGAUGUAGAUGCUAUUUGGGUCGAAAAUAUGAACUCUGUUAUGGAUGAUAAUAAAUUACUUACAUUAAUUAAUGGAGAUAGAAUUAGACUUGAAAGGUAUUGUAAGUUACUUUUUGAAGUAUAUGAUCUAUAGUUUGCAUCGCCGGCUACUAUUUCUAGAUGCGGUAUGGUGUAUGUCGACCCUAAAGAUAUUGGAUAUAAACCAUUUUAUCAUAAAUGGGUUACUAAAUGGGUAAAAUUUGAGGCUUUGCAUGAAGCUUUGAUGGAGCUUUUUGGAAAAUACAUUGACCCGAUUGUGAAUUUGAUUUACGAAGGAAUUGAAAACGAGGAAUAGAGUCAACCUCUAGGCUUUAUUAUUCCGAGAACUCAUCUAAAUUUAUUAGAAUAAAUGACAAGGAUUAUCGAUUCUAUGCUAAACCCGGACGAUCCUUAAUAGGAAAUUGAAAUAGUGGAACUAAUGUAUAUUUUUUCUAUAAUAUGGUCUUUUGGAGCUUGUAUUAAAAUCGAUGCGAGAAAAAGAUUCGAAGAUUUCUUAAGAAACAUUUCGGGUAGGGCACUUCCUUCGAAUUCCUUAUAUGAUAAUUAUUUCGAUUAUGAAAAAUCGAGGAGUUUUGUUAGUUGGGAAAAAUUAGUUUAAUAAUACUAACCACCUGCGGACGGUAAAUUUUCGAAAAUACUUGUACCUACAGUAGAUACUUAAAGAUUUUCAUUUAUUUUAGGAUAACAUAUUCAUUCUAAGAAACCGUGCUUAUUUGUGGGAGAAUCGGGAACUGCGAAAAGUGUUAUUAUUUAAAAUUUUAUAAAUUCUCUUGAUGUAGAAAAAUUCAUGAAAUUAAAUAUAAACUUUUCAUCGAGAACUACUAGUUAGGACUUAUAAGUAAAUAUCGAGGCCCCCCCUAGAUAAGCGUUCUGGAAGAAUAUUUGGCCCUAAAAAUCCUGGUAAAUAAUUAGUAGUGUUUAUUGA